AUGAGGAUCAUUAUGCAAUGCCUCAGUUCGGCGUGCUAUCCCGCAGUUCAGUUGGCCUACUGGUGUGGUAUGGCGGAGACGACAAUAGUUCAAACAAUGUCAUUAAACAAUAUCCAGGGAUCUAGAUUAAAGACUCCAGCGUUACCAAUUUGGGUGACUUGCUGUUCUGGACAUUAUGGAGUGUUAUUUAAUACAAAUCGUGAAUUACUGCGCAAUUAUCACGCUGAGAGAAGGUUCGAUGUCCACUAUUAUACUUGCGGAGGGUGCCACGUGCUUCUCAACGUCGAUACCAGGACACAUGAAGAUACAGCCUGCUUUAGUAGAAAUGAUAGUAAUAGUGCUACUCCACUGGAGAAACUAAUACACACCAAGUGGCAAGAUGCGAAGCUUACUUGGACGGGUGUUGUACCUCAUUUCGGAGAAUCUCCAAAAUAA